GGAAGAAGAUCGGAAUCCGUGAAUCAACGGUGCAGACACUGCAGAGUGACUCAGGUAUUACAUAUUAGUUUACUGAACCUUGUAGGAAGACGCCUUUGACGUUCUGUCGAGCUCGUGAAGUUUACUUUUUAAGAGAGGGAUUUUUACAAGAAAUGAGUUUUUUCUGUAAGAAUGAGAAAGCAACCUAAAUCUCAGACGAUAAGUGUUAUCAAGAAGGGUGCCGCAUUUUUACUUGCUGCUGAAGUUUUUGCUUUUGCGGGAUGUUAUUAUGUUUACCAUCGUAUGAAUACUGAUAGAGAUUUCAGGUACUACAUGAAAAAUAAUUUUCCCGUUGCUCUGGAAGGCUUUUAUUCAGUCGGAGAAUUUUUCCAGUCCAAAGAUCAGACAAGAAAAAUUGACAGUAAUAUUUGGGCAAUCCAGCACAAUCAGGUUUCAGAUACUAAAGUAACCCCUACCCUUACUGAAAGCAGAGAUAGUUAAAGAAAACUGAUUAUUAACAGAAUUUGUUAGCAAUGUCGGUACUCAAGUCACUUUAUUACGUUGGGGGCUUUACUAUUGGAGGAUAUUUUCUUAUGAAGUUUGUUGAACGUGACCCUGAAUUACUUCGGAAGGAAUUACCGGAAAGACAUGAAACUAAUUACUCUGAUGAGGCUCAGAAACGGAAUGCUGCCUUUAUGCAAGUACUGAAAAACGUUUCACAAGGUGACGAUCCUCAAACUGCAUCUAGAAAGCUGAGAGAACAGUAUGAAAAGGAAAAACUAAGAACAGAAAAGGCAGUUUCAAAGGCUCAGGAAUCUUAGCAUUGUAUUGUUAUAGCAAAUUUAUAUCUGUAGAUUUGAACUGCAGUAGGAAUAUAAGUGUCAGUACAUAAGAUAGUCAUGAUGGAAACAAAUAAGGAAUGUACACCUGCCCAACUCCUUGAACGUAUGAAACAAAGAACCGAGGCCAUUGCUCAGAGAGCUGAGCAGCGCCGUACAGAGAAAACUCUCAACGAAGCUGUAUCUGAAAAUGUUGAUCUUUUUUAUGAUACAUUCCAGAGUUUGAAAGAGGACUUGGAACUGAAAAUCAAGCAGUCUGGUGAAGUUGAAAAAUCUCAGUUGAUACCUCACUUGGAUAGCAUGGUCAAAGAUGUCCAAAAAAUACAGCAAUUUCUGAAUGAAUCAUCAAUGUUUUUAGCCUCUUUUCAGAUUAAGAAAGCUCAGGAGCAUAUCAAUGAACUUGAAAGUGAUGUAUAUAGAAGAAUCCAUGACCUUCAACCGAAAAAGAGGUUUGGUUUUGGUAAGAAAAAUACAGAGAAGAAGGACAAGAACAAAGAACUGAAGUUAGAUAAUACAGAUUCAGGGAAGGGAAAACUCAAGUCUUUAGAUAAGAUUAUUGAAAGACAGUUUUUUGGUUUCAAAGACUUGUCUUGUCAAACCCUAACAAAGUUGGCAGCUGAGAUUGAAAAUCGACAGUUGAAUCUUCAGAAUUUGAGUCGCUGCACAGUAAUAGCUCUAGGUAACCCUAGUACACUUCAAUUUGCAUCGCUCACUGACUGCAUAGUAAUUAUAGGCCCAACUCCUAGGUCAGCCUUUAUCAAGGAUUGUGUAAAUUGCAAAUUUGUGAUUGCAUGUCAGCAGGUACGUAUUCAUGAUACUAAGGACACAGACUUUUACUUGCAUGUAACAGGUGCUGCAAUUAUAGAAAACUGUCAUACAGUUCGUUUUGCACCUUACAAUCUGCAGUACCCAGAGCUGGGAACACAUUACAAAUUCAGUGGAUUAGACUUAGACACUAAUAACUGGGAUAAGAUAGAUGAUUUCCAUUGGCUUAAUAAACAUGAGAAGUCUCCAAAUUGGGAAAUUAUUCCUGUAAAUAGCAGAGUGACAGAUUGGUUGUGAUAUAAGUCAAAUGGUUUUAGUUUGAAGUUGAAUGGUUUUAGUUUCAAAUUUUUAGCAGAAGUUGUUUUUUUUAUUUUGUUUUUAGUUUUGAGCUAUAUUGUUUGUAAACUCAUGCUUUAAGAUAUCACUGAGACUAAA